ACCCUCCCCCCAAACAGCCUACCUUUGAAGGGAUGGAUGCUGAUGAUCUUCAGCGCACGCCUCCUCCAGCUCUUCAAUCACUUACGUCACGUGGUGCGUCCCGGGUGGUGGGUGUGGCUUCAGCCAUAGGGUUUCAUUCAUAAAUAGUUUUUGCUUUUAAAUCAGACUUGAAGUGUUCGGCGAAGGUUUUGGCUUCUGCCUAAGUUCCCUCACAUGGACCACCUCAAUUUUAAUUAGCUGAGCUUCUGGUCAGAGUCUAGGCAAGCCUAUGCUGAGAGGACAAAAUAGCCCUGAGGAGGCUGGCCAGCCAGGUGGGUGGGCAGAGGCAGGCUGAGAAUGCAGCAAGGGAGCUGAGGAAGAUCUGAGCAGGGAGACACCAACAUCCAGAGCUGCUGCACACAGCCCUCCAUCAGGGUAAGACACUCCGACAGGCAGCUCCAGCACAGGGGGACGCUCACGCUCGCCUGGACCAUGAGCAAUGAGUCUACCGUCUGGAUCAACUUCACCGAGAACUCCACCGGGGUCCCAUUUGAGCCUGGUAAACAACAGGAUGGUUACGUCCUACUGCUGGUGCUCCUGUCCAUCUUCCUGGGGGGAACACUGGUCCUGCUGUCUGUCCUGCUGAUCAUCUGCAGACGUUGCUGUGAUGGAGACUGCCGCCAUGCCAGGGCCAGCGAUGACCCUGAGAAAACCAACACCAGCUACAUGGAGGAGUCUCAGCCAGUACAUGGACAGAUCACCAUCCGUGUAGACGAGUCAGACUGCCUAUCGGCCGCCAGCUCCCACGUGGACAUGGAGACAGAGCGCUUCCUGUCCACAGGCACCCACGGUGGCCGCCGUGUCUCUUUCAAUGAGGUGGCACUCUUCGACCACGGCAAGAAGGCCCAGGAGAAAGGCCGUAGAUUUACGUUGACUGAGGGUGACUUCCACCACCUGAAGAAUGCGCGGCUCACACACCUCCACAUCCCGCCGCUGGCCCUCAAGAUCGUCACCAUUCACGAGUGUGAGUCAUCUGAGAACAGCAUCGCCAUGACGACCUGCCCCGCCGCCAAGUCCAGCCUCUCCAUCUUCCAGCCGCCUUUGUGUGCCCGACGGCCACUGUGUCCCCUGCCCCAGACAGCAUUGACCAGUCUGAGUGUCAGCCCCAGCUCAGCCCUCCCUGGGGACACCCUUAACUCCUUGGCACUGGGUCCCAAGGAGCCCAGCACCAGCAGCAUUGAGGUGAUGGUGUCUGGCUCCAGGAAUGGGGGAAGUCCGUCUUUGAGUGAAGGGGCGUCGGUGACGUCUGUGACAGGUGCAUCUCCUGGCGCAGGGGUGGGGCAGGGCCCGGUGCUGCAGUUCUUCACCAAGCUGAGGCGCCAUGCCAGCCUGGAGGGAGCCAGCCCAUACUUCAAGAUCAAGAAGUGGAAGCUAGACAGCAGCCAGCGGGCCUCCAGUCUGGACACCAGAGGGUCCCCUAAGAGGAGACAGUUCCAGCGGCAGCGCGCUGCCAGCGAGAGCAUGGACCAGGAGGAUAGCGAUGCCCACCACAUUGACCUCAUCCAGUACAUUGCCAGGACCCAGGAUGCCACCUAUCGCCCCUCUGCCUCGGCCUGCCUCCUGCCACACUCAUCCCCCUCCACGCCACCACCCUCCCUCGGCAGGUUAGAGGUGGAGGUGGUGGUGGAACCCAGCUGCAGCAGGGGCCAGGGGCUGGAGGUGAUCGGCUUGUCCCCGGAGCCCCAGGACGAGGCAGCAAGCCUGGGGGACUGUAGACCGGAAAACUCGGCAUCAGACCACCAGGCCCUGUACAGAGACAUCUGGACACUCCGGGCCUCCCUGGAGCAGUAUGGCUCCUCAGACCAGAUCAACAACAACGACAGGGACUCUGUCCGCAGCGAUGCUGACAGUGUCUGCUCUCUGAGGGGGCAGACCAAGAGGGGGGGGCUAACCAGUUACCUCUCCCAGGACAUCGGGGAUGGGCCCGAGAGGGAUGUGGAGCUGCCCAUGGAUGAAGGGAUGGGAGAGAAGGAGAAAGGGGGGAAGCAGGACAGUGUGGAGUCAGAGAGGGGCAGUGACGGGGAGUCAGGGAACCGUAAGUUAAUGCAGAUGGACAGUGGCUAUACGUCUAUAGAGGCUCCAUCACGGGCGCCAGAGGAGCUGAGACUGUUUGGCAGUAGUGGCAGCAGUGGCAGUAUAGACAGGUCGGCCCUGGAGAAGAGACACUACUUCACCAGUGCAGGGGGCACUGGCACAGUGGUUGAGAGCUUCGAGGCCCGCAUCUUCGAGGAAGAGCCAGACGAGGAGACGCCGGCGGGUGCAAUGGGCGGCAUGACCAUAGAAACGGCCAGGUCUCCCCUGGGCUGGUCUCCGUACGGUCAGAUGUUCACCCCGCGAGAGGCGCAGCCGCAGCCGCACCCCCACCCCCACCCCUCCUUAUCAAUUCACCACCGUGACUACAGCAUCGACGAGAAGACGGAUGCGCUCUUCCACGAGUUCCUCCGCCACGACCCCCAGUUUGACCAGCAGGAGACGCCGAAGAAACAUCGGUCGCGCAUCCACCUCCGCAAGCAGUGGCAGCGCCACAAGCAGUACAGUGACCCAGGCGUUCGCUACCAGUACCACUCCUUUGAGAGGCAGCGGAACCCCCUCCGACGAGGUGAUAGCGUCAACUACCCGCUGGACACAGGCUACCACAGCACGCUUCCACGCAUCAUCAGUGCGCCUGACGAAGAGGCCAGCGAGGGGACCCCCAGCACCCCCCAGACGCCCAAGGCUGAGGCGGUGGUGGCGGGAGGGGCAGAAGGUGCCGAGGUACAGGAAGGAGACAGGAGAGAGAGUCCCAGCAGUAGCUGUGGCAGUAGCACCGUGACCAUCACAGAUGACAAAGGGAUGGCGUCCUGUUCCCCUCCCCCUCCCCCGGAGAGAGAGGGUCUGCUAUGGGAGCAGCCCGACCCCCAGGAGGACACAAGGCAGGCAGAACACCCCCCUGAGCCACCUGACGAGCCCCCACAGCCCCCUGACAAGGGCUACGGCCCACAGACCAUCACAGCCGAGCUGACGGACAAGCUGAGCACCACCCUGGACGAGCGGCUGUACACGGGCCUGCGACGGACAAAGGACCCGGCGGUGGUAACUGAGUGUGUGGUGACAGUCACUCACGCCUCCCCCGACCACAGCCCAGUGUAGCAUGUCUCCAGUCCUCCUCCACUCCUCCCUGAUCUUUGUGUUUGAUUUGAUUUCAGUCUGCGCCAGGUAACUGCGAUGUCUCUGUAUCUGUCUGAAUUAGCAUGUUCCAGACCCGUAACAUGAAAACAGGCUACACUAUACAGUGUCAUGUAGGCUAGCUGAAGAAUCCACCCCUAGAUAGUGUCUACAGUACCGUGGUGUCUCUGACUGCUAUGAUUCCUUUCUGCUCUGAGAGAAGUGACGAUGUUAAAGGGAAACACCACUCAAACUAUCCUUUGGUAUUUUUUUUCAUUAGUCCACUGUUGACAGUACCAAAAUGUUUUGCAUGUCAGCCGUCCGGUUUCCAAGAUAUUGGACUUUCAAAAAGCAAAGUGUCACCGGCCACAUCAUCAAGAUGACGCUUUGCUUCUUGAAAGGCCAAUAACAUUUUGGGACUGUAUCAUCAGCCGAUUAAUGAAAAGAAAGUAGAAUAAUUGUGGAUUUUCCCUUUAAGAGCCAGCCUCUGAACUAGUCUAUCCACUGUGAAACCAGGUGCUAUUAAACAUCUAAAGAUCUGGAUACAAAGUUUAUCUGGGCCCUAUAGGCCAGUCCUGGCUGAAUAUCAAAAUAGGUUUAUCUAUGUUUACAUCACUUUUUCAUCACUUCAUUUCUUAUAAAUGGCUCUGGAUAUCUGUUGUAUUUGGCCAUUGACAUAUAUCAAAUUCUUUCCAUGUGGCAUUUUGACUCUUGAAGUCGUCAUAAUUGUUUUACAAAUAAUUAGGUAUCCCUGAUAUUUUUUUUAAGCCAAAUUUCACAUUGUCCACAUGUUUCUCGGGACAUAUGAAUAUAAUAAUCUACUACUUCAGUACCGUAUUGGUCAUUAAUUGAAGCAAUCCUGUAAAUUGUAAUUUAUGAUUGAAUGUUUUCGGACAGAUUUCUGUUGAAUCUUGAUGUAAUUGAAUCAGAAUCUAUGGUACUAGGAACAGAAAACAGUCGACCAUGGAUUUGAUGAUGAAGAUGAAUUGUUUCUCAUACGCUGUCAUUAAAUGGAUAUGACGAGGGCCGAGGCUCUCCUAAUUUGGACACUGACUAUAUUACAGCAUUUAUAUAAUUACAGCCUCAUCAUGUCCACUCUGGAUCAGAGCAUUAUCCUUCGUCAAAUGUCCUUGUCGCUGAAUGUCUGGACUCAUGUUUCUAUUCAAAGAUGUUCUUAAAGGGAAAAAUUGCUUUCCAGAAAAGUUCUGGUUGUUUAGGACAUGUUGUUCAAUGCCGUUGUAUUUAUUGUUGACAGAUUUGAUUUAAAUGUGUCUAUGCUCGUCUUAUAUUUCCUCUGCUUGUGACAAUAAGUGGCUUACAGGAGGCCAGGGGGAGAGUUAAAUUCCAGGUUUUUGCCUAAUUUCUGUGCCAGAAAAACCUUGUCUGCAAAUAGAGGGAUCGCAAUAGUGUUACUGACAACUCUGUUAGGAGCACAUAUCAAAGGCAGGCUCCUUUGGCCUCCCCCAACAGUGUUGGUUAGUGCAGGUCUAUAGCUGUAACAGUUUAAAUUAAGGCUUUGAAUGGGGCCAAUGUUGCUCUCGCAGACAUUUGCGUUCAUUGAAUUUCUUCAUACUUUCUCGUGCAUGGGUUCCCCGAACAGGCUUUUUUUGUUUGCUUAUAUUCUUUUGUUUCCCCCUCCUUCUCCUGUGAAAGUAGACAACGCAGCAGCGAUCCCCCUGGGCUAUAAGGACUGCACUUCCAAACCAGAACAAAUUCCACAUUUUCUCCUCUGACUUCCUCUGUGUAGACUUUGCCACCCAAUGCUGCCAUUCAAGUAUAACCACAUUAUCAGAUUAUGUUUUAUGGGCCAAAAGAAGGCAAGGAAUGGCAUGCCCAUUCCAGAAGUACCUUGGGAACUAUUUUGCACUUAGCUGUGUAAUGGCUGGGUGUGUGCUGCAUCUCCCACAUGCUACAGUCAGCAGCUCCGGCUCCCAGCUCUCUGACCCAAACUGUAAAAAUAAUCCUGUUGUUUUUACGGUAACUUACUGGCAGCCAGUUACCUGUAAGUUACUGUAAUAAAAGGUGCUGUAUGUUACCGUAAACUCAAAAUAAACUUUGGUUUAACAGUACAUUACUGUAAACUUUAUCCCCAGUUUCCUCAGAAGCUAGUUAUUGCUUUACAUUUAUAGGAAAGUGCUGCAGGAAAAGGUGCUGAAUAUGGUCUCUGGCUGAGGGUGUAACACAAUUAAGAUUAAGAUCACUUUAUUGGUCAAUUGGUCACAAGGUCCAACCAAAAUUUGACUUCUGCUUUAUCCCAACCCCCCCGAAAGACAAGCAUACAGAUAACUGCAAAAAUGAUGGAUUCAAUGUAUAUUGAAAGCAGGUGCUUCCACACAGGUGUGGUUUCUGAGUUAAACGAUUAACAUCCAAGCAUGCGUAGGGUCAUUUAUCAGACUUGCCUAGUUAAAUAAAGGUUAAAUAACAAUUUAAAAUAAAUGAAUGUAUAAAAGUGCUGGGGAGGCCAUUAUUUUGGCUACCAUGGAAACGCUCCCAUAGAAUGACAUUGCCCCCAUCCACAGGGCACGAGUGGUGACUGAAUGGUUUGAUGAGCAGGAAAACAAUGUGAACCAUUUGCCAUGGCCAUCUCAGUCACUAGAUCUCAACCCAAUUUAACUCUUACAGUAUGGGAGGUUCUGGAGCGGCGCGGGAGACAGUGUUUUCCACCACCAUCAACAAAGCACCAAAUGAUGGACUUUCUCAUGGAAGAAUGAUGUGGCAUCCCUCCAAGAGUUCCAGACCCUUGUAGAAUCUAUGACAAGGUGCAUUGAAGCUGUUCUGCCUCAUGGUGGCCCAACAUCUUAUUAAGACACUUUAUGUUGGUGUUUCCUAUAUUUUGGCAGUUACCUGUACACACACAUACAUAUAUAUAGAUAUACAGUAUAUAUAUACACACACACAGGUUGGAGCAGGGGGCUGCCACACUGGGCACCUGUGGAGCAGUUGUUGUGGGGGAGUUAAGUCCCUUGCUCAAGGGCACAACAACAGGCAAUGGCAUCUAGGAUUUGAUAUUAGCAACCCUCCGGUUGCCAGCUCCAGUCCUGACAGAUUUUUCCCAGCAGACCUGGGACUCAAACUGGCAACCCUCCGGAUGCUGGCUCGCCUCUCUAACUGCUAGGCUACCUGCCAUUGCAAUAAAGAUAGACGUUUCUGUAAUUGGGAAAGAGGGAGAUAUUUCUAUCUGUCAUUUCCCUAUGUUUGGGUGUGAUUGUGCUACUUCACAGCCCUGGGGAAUCAGAUCUGUUUCCUCUAACAUGGAGAUCAGACAGCUCCUUGUUAUAGCAGAGUGGACUCACAGGCAGAAGGCACCUUCCCUCAUUAGACAAAGAAUGGUCAAGAUGAAAGGUGGUGAGAGGGCUUGAAUUUGUCUUCUAGUGUGGAGAGGCUAGUGAUAUCCUUCCUUUCUGUCUCCUUCACUUAGCCCACACAUCAGUGCACAUUACGUCACCAUGGGAAACCCAGGGGCUUCACAUGUUUCAGCACCAUUUUGUGUUAUUACCAGGUGCCUUUAUGGAGGUGUUGGAACAUCAUCAAGGAAGGAAAAAGACAGAUCCUUCAGCCAGUCAUCUUAGGAACAAACAAGAUCAGAUGCCUUUGAGGUUACUGGUUACUUAACAUUUUCUGAUUAUUGUCAGAAAUUAGAGGAAUAGUGCGUCAUUUCUGCCAUUUAGUUGAAUUGAUGGAAGAAAGGGGGUGGUAACACCAACUUAAUGAAAAAGACUAGAGUGGCGAACAAAUUAGUACAUUUGUACAAAAAGUUACUUUGUUGUGAGAUACAAGCACAAUGUUGGAGGAGCUAAUGUAGUCUAUGUCUUUUAUUAGGUGUAGACGUAACUGGGGACACUGGUCAAAUACUUUUUGUAUACGAACAAGUAGCCUGUCCAAUGCAUCGAUGCAUUACGGUGCAUAGGUUUGCAUGACAAUUAACCAUUUUAAUACGUAUCUCCAUGUUUCUCAGAACUACUGUACCAAAUGAUUCCCUGGUUGUUGGUCGACGCUUUUGAGGCAGAACAUAGACAUUUAAAUCAGCACUGGUACUUCUAGAGGUUUUGUAUUCUAUGACAUUUACCUUUGUUUAGGAGUCAUGCAAUGCUAACUGAUAUGCUAUGAUUGUGAUAUUUAUUUCCAUGAAAGAAAAAUAUAUAUAUUUCUGUAUUCCUGCUUGUUAGUUAUUACUGCUCAAUUUCUCAAAGAACUAGUUAAAAAAAGUAGAGCUUUAUAAACAACUUAGCCUUUGUUGACCCCUACCUAUUUGAGCCUUGAGGGACCAAACAAUUGAAAAUGUUAUUUUGGGGUUUUCCAAUCAGUAAAUAAAUGAAUGAAGCAUUAA